GCGAGGAAGAAACAGAUCCUCGUGCAGUUUGCAGACCGAGCAUUGACGCCGGAGUGAACACACGUGUACACACACGGACACACACACACGCACACGCGCACAUGCCUGAGGAGUGUAUGACCAUGCUGUACAGACACACACACUGACACGGAGUUAAGCGUCAAGCAGCUAUGGAGGGAAGCAUCUUCUUCGGUAACACAUGUCACAACGGCCUGGUGCCCCCCGUGGCCCGGUCCGCCUUGCCGUCUGUUCACAGCGCUCUGAGUGUCAAGCACUUUCUUCCCUUCCCGUUGGACAACAACGCCUCGGCCGCCAUCAACCUCUUUCCCGGAUUCAACGCGAUGGACCUGGUGCAGAAGGCCGUCCUCCAUCACACGCUGGGCCUCCCACCUGCCGCCGCCGCCGCCGCCGUCAAGAGGAAGCACGUCUCCUGCGGCGUCUGCCGGCUGAGGUUCAACUCGCAGAACCAAGCGUUGGCCCACUACAAGGGCACAAAGCAUGCCAAGAAGCUAAAAGCCCUGGACGCUCCCAAGAGCAAGCUCAAAGGAACGUCGCACGGCAAGGAGCCCACUCCAGGCAGGAAAGAUGUGGUCCCAAGCACAGAGCCCCCGCCGCUGUACCCCGCGCUCCGACUGGCACCCCCGUCGGACUCCACGGCGACCCCCGUGACGCCGACCGACGUUGCCGGAACUUCGUCUCCAGACCCGGAUGCCCCGGAGACGACCUCGGAGCUCGAGCUCAACUCGCCCUCAGAACCAGAACCGGAACCGGAACCUGACCCUGACGUUGAACCCGACGAGGAAACGGAACCGGAAACGGAGGAGGAGAAAGCUCGCCGUCUGCUCUACUGCUCGCUCUGCAAGGUGGCCGUCAACUCGGCUUCGCAGCUGGAGGCUCACAAUAGCGGUACCAAGCACAAGACCAUGCUGGAGGCCCGCACCGGCGUGGGCUCUAUCAAGUCGUUCCCGCGGCCGGGGGUCAAAGGCAAAAUGGCGCCGCCGUCCUUGUCCAAAGCAUCCACGGGCCUGCAGAACAAAACGUUUUACUGUGAGACGUGCGACGUGCACAUCAACUCCGAGACGCAGUUGAAACAGCACAUCAGCAGUCGUCGUCAUAAAGACAGAGCGGCAGGGAAACCGGCCAAGCCAAAGUACACUCCCUACAGCAAAGGAGCCACCAAGCAGACGCAGAUCAAGUUGAGUUUGGGCAAGGAGCGUCCGUGCCCCCCGCUGACCACCCACCUACUUCCCGCUCAGCUGAUGGCCGCCGCCCUCGGCAACACGUUCUCUCAGCGGCACGGCCACGCCCCCAACCCCGCCCUCUUCCCGACGACGCCCCUCCCGCUCCCCCUGCUCCGCCCCGCCCCCGGCCCCAUCAGAACCGCCCACCCGCAAGUCCUCUUUGCGCCGUACUGACCCCCUUGAGUGGGCGGCGGAGCAAAUGCAGCUCACCAGCCUAUGCAUCCAGGACUCAUCAUGAUUGACAGCUGUCGAUCGACGUGUACAGCGAAAUGAGGGCAAUAACGUAACACGUACACACACACACACGUGAACUAUGCAGUGUCAAUACUUCAUGAGGGUCCCCAGGUGAUGCUCACAUUCCUGUUUGCACUUUAACUUCUGUUGACGUGCACGUUCGACGCUAGACUGUGUUUGAUGGUUAGACUAUGUGUCGCUUUUGUUUUUGUUUUUCUGUUUUCGUUAUUGCAGCUAACUCCCAAAACGUUAGCGAUGUGGCGUUUGGGUGUGAAAUUUCCAGAUGCACCAGAACAGGUGAAUUGAAUGUUUUGCAAUUGAAUCCCUUAUAUAAACCAUUGAACUCAGCAAAUUUGAACCUUUCGUAUCAUAUGCAGUGCCGUGAAAACGUAUUGACCCCCUUCUCAAAUUGCAGUUUCCCCACUUUAAUGUUUAAGAUAAUCAAAGAAAUGUAAAUAUCAGACAUAUAUAACCCAAGUGGGGGGGAAAAAACGAAUCAGUUACCUGGCCCUGUGUGAAAAAGUAACGGCCCCCUCAACCUAAUAAGUUAUGCCACCCUCCGCAGCAACAACUGAAAUCAAGCGUUUUUUAGAACUGGCAAUGAGUCUUCCACAUCUCUGUGGAGAUAUGUUGGCCCACUCUUCCUUGCACAAUUGAAAUCCUGUGCUACAUUUACGCCAGAUGUAACGAGACACACACCUUCCAAAAAGAUCAACUUUCGUCUCCUCAGUCCAUAUAAUAUUCUCCCAAAAGUCUUGAGAAUCAUUCAGAUAUUUAUUUGUUGUUUUUUUUUCAAAAGUAACAUAAGCUAUGUUACUUUUCUAUGUCCAUUUUGGUCAGCAGUGGUUUUUCGCCUUGGAACUCUGCCAUGGAUGCCAUUUUUGCCCAGUCUCUUCCUUAUUGUUGUAUCGUGAACACUACCUUAACUGAGGCGAGUUCUGCAGUUCUUUCGAAGUUGUCCUGAGUUCCUUUCUGGCCUCCUGGAUGAGUCAUUGCUGUUCUCUUGGGGUAAUCUUUGUAGACCGGCUACUCCUGGGAUAGUUCCCCACUGUUCUCUGUUUUCUCCAUGUGAGGAUAAUGGCUCUCCCUAUGGUUCGCUGGAAUCCUAAAGCUUUCGAAAUGACUUUGCAACCCUUUCCAGACUGAUCGAUAACAACUACUUUAUGUCUUGACUGUUCUUGAAUUUUUGGGGAUUUUGUCAUUUUCUUGCAGUUCAUGUAGAUCUUUUGUCCGACUUGAUUUUGUCAGACAAGUUCUGUUUAAGUGAUUUCUUAAUUGAGGAGGUAAUCAGGCCUGGGUGUGAUCAGUGAAAAUUAACCAAAAAUUGUGAUUAGCCACAAUGAAUUCAUGAUUUUUUUUUUCCUUAAUAAAUGAAAUCACCAUUUAAAAACAGCGUUUUAAGUUCACUUGGGUUAUAUUUGUCUGAUAUUUACAUUUGUUUGAUGAUUUUUAAAUGAAAGUUGGGAAACUGCAAAAAUAUAAGAAUUUGAGAAGGGGGCGAAUACUUUUUCGCGGCACUGUCGUCCCUCAAAGUUCUGUAGGUCUGUUGCCACGGAAAAGCACAUUAAUAAUCCCAUAAAAAUUUGAAAUUAAAAUUGCUGGGAAGAAGCAAUUUAAUCUUUUAAAAUUACCUUGAAACUCAGCGAUUUUGGCCACGCCAAACAAUCCAAAUCAAAAAGGACAUUAAUAAUUACAUAAAAUUUGGAAAAUAAGUUUAAAAAAGUGCUGCGAAGGAGUAAUUAGAUCCUUUGAAAUGUCCAUACAACUCAAUGAUUUUGACCAUCUUGUGUCAUGUAAUCAUUCAAAAAUCUCGAAAUGAAAAAAAACCCAUUAAAAAUCCCGUAAAAUUGGGAUUUAGAAGAAAAUAUAUUCUGAGAAGCAACAAUUUAAUCUCUUAAAUUGACCGCAAAACUCAAUGACUUUCACCAUGCCAACCAUUUAAAAUCAUGACAUUUUAUGAUGUGAUGAAGGACAUUAAUAGUCCCAUAAAGACUGGAAGAAAAUGACCAAAGGAGAUUAGUAAAUUACCAUUGAUUUUUCCAAUUUUGUGUCAUCAGCAGGUUGCAACAGAGAGAUUGGAAGCGUCACAGAAUUUUGCCAUUCAGCAUUUUAUCGAACAAGAUGAAGUUGGACCAAAAGGACUGAAAUUUACAGGUAGUCAAAUUAAAGUCAAGUGUAAAGUUCACCUUAGGUUCAUCCAGAAAUUUCACCCCAAACCCCAAUAUCGUAAAACGUUUUGUGAAGUGUGUGUGUGCUUGUGUGUAUGCGGUGUGUGUGUGUGUGUGUGUGUAUGUAUGUGUGUUUGUUGUCUGGAGCUUUUGCUGUGUUUCGUGUCCAAUGUGUUCAAAGUGUUCAUUUGGAAUAAAACAAGAGUUACUUUGUUAAAAUGUGCUUGUUUUGGUGAUUUUUGAUGAAGUCACGUCAUUAGGUACAAGCCCAUUAAUAAUCCCAUAAAAAUUGCAAAUUACACCAAAGGCCUGCACAGGCUCGCCGUUCAGAGCGCCCAAAUAGCCAAUCGCU